AUGGUCCUGCAAGCAGCUUCAAUCUUACGUCAUGUAUCGGUAUCUACUACACGACUAUCAUCCUUCCGUUCUUUCUCGAACAUUAGCUCUGGUGCUUUCCUUACCAUGGAAAUGCGUCCUAAUGGUGUUGCUAUUGUGCGACUAGAUGAUAAAGCAGCUAAAGUAAAUACAAUCUCAUCGAAAAUGACGGCAGAGAUGACGACAAUGCUAGAUACGGUGGAAAAUGAUCCAGCGAUUAAGUCUGUUGUCCUGAUUUCGGCCAAACCUGGUGUCUUUAUUGCUGGUGCUGAUAUUACAGAGCUGAAUGCGUGCAAGACCGAGGAAGAGAUGCGUGCAUUGUCCAACGCUGGUCAGAGUUUUAUGAACCGUGUAGCAAGCUCGAAGAAACCAAUUGUAGCAGCCAUUGAAGGAUCCUGUAUGGGUGGAGGACUUGAAGUAGCGCUUGCUUGCCACUACCGAGUAGCUUCACAGAACAAGAAGACACAGUUAGCACUGCCUGAAGUGAUGUUAGGAUUGCUACCUGGAGCAGGAGGCACACAACGUUUGCCAAAGCUAGUGGGUCUUCAAGCUGCUCUGGAUAUGAUGCUCACGGGCAAGAACAUUAAGGCAGACAAGGCUCUUAAGAUGGGACUAGUAAACCAAGUGACCGACUCGUAUGCACUCGAGAGCGCGGCCAUUGCCGCAGCGGAACAAUUAGCUACUGGAAACCUUAAACCCAAGAAGAAAAACAAGGGCCUUGUCAAUCGCAUCGUGGAGGACACUCCAUUACGCCAGAUUGUGUAUAAGAAGGCAGGAGAGAUGGUGCAGAAGAAGACGGGUGGACACUACCCUGCACCCAAAUUGAUCUUGGAGGCGGUUCAAACAGGUGUUGAGAAUGGAUUCAAGAAGGGUCUUGAGGUAGAGGCAGCUAAUUUUGCAAAGCUGGGUAUGACCAGCGAGGCCAAGGCCCUCAUGGGCAUCUUUUUCGGACAAACAGCGCUAAAGAAGAAUCGCUACGGCAAGCCUUCAAAGCCUGUGGAGACCAUGGCCGUCAUUGGUGCUGGGCUGAUGGGAGCUGGUAUUGCACAGGUAUCAGCUACAAAAGGUGUGCGUGUUCUGCUGAAGGAUCGCGAUGCUGUGUCUGCUGCUAAGGGUGAAGACUACGUACGCAGCAACUUGGAUCAGAAGGUGAAGCGCAAACGCAUGACCAUUUUUGAACGUGACGCCGUCAUGGCCAAUGUAGUGCCUUUGUCAGACGAAGAUGAGGUAUGGAAGACGCACAUGAAAAAGGCAGACCUUGCUAUUGAAGCCGUCUUUGAGGACUUGGCACUGAAGCAUAAGGUGUUGUCGGACCUCGAGAACUACGUGUCAAAGGACUGCGUUGUUGCGACCAAUACGUCGGCUCUUUCGGUUGCUGACAUUGCAUCUGCUUGUAAGCGUCCGGAGAACGUGAUUGGCAUGCACUACUUUUCACCUGUGCCGAGUAUGCCACUGCUGGAAAUCAUUCGUCACGCUGGCACGAGUGACGCGACCGCUGCGAAAGCUGUCGACUUGGGACUACGUCAAGGAAAGACGGCUAUUGUAGUAAAAGAUGUGCCGGGCUUUUACGUAAACCGCUGCCUAGGUCCGUAUAUCGCUGAAACAUUGGCGUUAGUGGAAGAUGGCGUGGAACCGGACAAGCUUGAUAAGCUCAUGACGACGUGGGGUCUGCCAGUGGGUCCGAUUACUCUUGCUGACGAGGUGGGCCUUGAUGUAGCCUAUCACGUAAACCAAACGCUGUCAAAGGCGUUGGGCGUGCGUAUGAAGGGAGGCGAUGCCAAACUUUUUGAAGAGAUGAUUGGGCAGGGAUUUUUGGGUAAAAAGUCGGGCAAAGGCUUUUUCAUGCAGCCGCCUAAGGGCAAAAAGGGCAAGAAAAUCAUCAACACUGAUGCCAUGAAUCUUGUAAAGAAGUUUCAAAAGAGUGAUCUGAAGCUGAGUGAAGAAGACACCGUGAACCGCCUUAUCUCGCGUUUUGUAAACGAGGCGGUUCUUUGCGUACAAGAUGAUAUCAUUGCAUCGCCUUCGGAGGGUGACAUUGGUGCUGUAUUCGGCAUUGGUUUUCCACCUUUCAUUGGUGGUCCAUUUCGCUAUAUUGACAAAUUGGGCAGUACUAAGUUUACCGAGUUGAUGCAACGCUAUGCCGACCAGUACGGUGAACAAUUUGUCCCUGCACCAUUGCUACAAGAUAUGGCCAAGACGAACAAGAAAUUCCACGCGACUUGA